AUGAGAGUAUUGUUAAAUAUUUUAAAUAAUUCUUAUAGAUAUACUGAGGAAGGAGGUUGUAUCACCUUAGAAAUUAAAUUAGAUUAAUUGAAUAAGAUUACUUAUUUUUCUAUAACUGACAAUGGAUAAGGAAUUGAAGAAGAAUAAAUUAAAAAAUUAAAUUGUUAAUUGAAAUCUUUCGACAGCAUUACUUUUAACAAGUUAAAUAAAUAAUAAGAUAAGAAUCCUAAUAUAAAACUGGGAUUAAGUCUCUUUCUAACUAAUAAACUUAUUAAAUUAUUGAGUGGGGAUAACAGUUGUUUAUAAUUAAGAAUAUCAAAUAAUCAAUUAUUUUUUACAUUUUCAAUCAAUAAUAUUCAAGAAAUCCAAUCAGCAAGUUCACUUGGAAAAUCUAAACAUAAUAGUUUUGUAAAAUAAAAAUCAUUAAGAGGUUUAAAUAACAAAUUUAAUAGCUAAUCCAGUCCUAGAAUUUCCAAAUUUAAAUAAAAUUCAUAAAGAUAAAUCGAUAUUAAGAAUUAUAAUUCCUUAAGAUUGAUUUAUGAGUGUGAUAUUCAUAAUGAACCCUAACCUUAGGUUCCAUAUAAGAUUACUAUGCAUUAAAACAAUCAAAAAUUUCAUCAUCAAAGAUAAAGAAUUAAAACAACAAGAAAAUCUUUAGAAUCUUAAUUUAGAUCUAGAGCAACUAGUUUUAGAACUCAUAAGAUUGAACAAAUAAUUAGAUCAGAAUAAGUUUAAUAACAAUAACAAUAUAUUUAAAAUGAUGAAUAUAUAUUGAUAGUUGAUGAUGAACCUUUUAAUCAUGAAACUUUAUGUAUGAUGCUAAAAAAUAUGGGAUUUAAAAAUUUCUUAAAAGCCUUUAAUGGCUAGCAGUGUGUGGAUGUGGUUUUAUAAAAUCAUAAUAAAAUAUAUAUGAUUAUGAUGGAUAUUGAUAUGCCAAUAAUGAAUGGAAUUGAUACAACAAAAUAAUUAGAAAGAUUGAUAAGUAAUAAUAAAAUAUGUUAUAUUCCAAUUAUUGGAUGCACAGCCCAUGAAGACUAUGAAUCUCAUUUAUAAUGCUUUGAUGCUGGUAUGAUACAUGUUGUUGUUAAACCUGUAUUUAUUAAAUCAAUCUAAGAAGCAAUUAAUAAAGUCUCUGAACUUAAAUCAAAUGAAACUAUUAAAGAAGACUCAUCCUCUUAUGUUAUCAAUAAAAUACAAUCUUAAUCUUUGAAUUUUCAAUGA